AUGAUGAAGUCCCAUGAGGGUGGAGAGCUGGUGAGAGAGAUCUCAAAGUUACAGGCGAUGGUGUUGGAGCUCAGGUCAGGUUUCUCUCGAGCUUUGCUGGAACUGAAUCAGAUUCAGUUGGGUGAUACGGAGCUACAGAGUCAGCUGGAAGAAACCCGGCAUGGCUGUAAUAAACGAUCAUUACACCUCGAAACAAUUAUCCUUUCACUCAAGGAAGAACUGGAAGAGAUUCGGCGUCAGAUUCGGCAGAUCUGUGAUAAGCAGGUGAAAGCUGAACAGAAGACUAACAGCACAGUACCACAGAGCAACAGUGCUGCAAGCUGUAGUGUUAAGGACGUUAGCAGCAACACUAAUGGGUAUAGUGAUCAAGUGGCCACACCUCUUUGUUCAGUGGGUGGAGCUCUUCUACUGCACUGUUACCUGCAGGGUCUGUGGGCGGGGCAUAACUCAGGUGAAGCUUUGUCUCAGGUGAGUCUUAGAGCUGAAGGACCAUCAGCCAGCUGCACCCUGCCAGGUCGAAGGCAGCGAGUGAGUGUGUCCUUACUAAAAUCGGAGUGGGAUUACGUUUCUAAACUCAAUUUGCUCCAAGAAAAAUAUAAAACAUCUACAGCAGGCCAUCACGUGGAGCUACAUAAGGUGUUUGUAAAGCACGUGGAGCAGAUGCUGCAGCGCCACCUUGUGUUCAGAAACUGUCUUCAAGACAAACUGAGCCGAGAUCAGCCGAGCGCACCACUGGGAGACGCUUUUCUCCAGCUCACCAGCCAACAAAACUCAGGUAUCUGUGAUGGAUAUUUGGGUUACACAGCUGCACUGGCAACCAUCCUAACAACAGAAUUCAGCAGAGACCCUCCCGAAAAAACACAAAAUACACCGGAGGGUGAAAAAGAGAAGUUUAGAUUACUGUCACUGCUGCUGGCACCAAUAAUACGACUACACACCUACCUAAACACUGUACAGUUGUUGCUGAGCUGUUCAGGACGUGAACAUUCAGACUGGUGUUCACUACAGGAGACUGAUCAGAUAUUAAGAAACCUGUACACACGAUGUCACAUGACCCUCGAGAGGGCCGGGAGAUGGACCGAUGGGGUCGGACGACAAAAUGAGGGUGUGGAGCCAACAAACAGCCUCAGUAGCAGGUGUUGUGAGGAGAGUUCCGGCUGUGCCCGCUCCGCCUUCACCAAGUACCGCGCCAACCCGAGAACAGGCACUGCCAACUGUCAUGCGACUAUUAACACACAGCAAAGAGAGCACUGUCAAGUAGCUGCCCCACAACCUCUGCUUCCCCCUGCUGGCAUUUUACGAAACUCUAGUGACCGUGCAUUUGAGCCCCCUAGUGGCUGGACAGAGAACUGCAUGUGGGAUCUGCCAGCUGUUGAGUGCCAUUCUUUACCACGUCGUCCCCAGCAUCUAUUUCUUAAUCCCGGGGCUCCAGGGGCUGUAGGAGAACUUUCAGGUUCUGUCCCAAAUCUAAAGUCACCCUCUGGGCUGGUAGAGCGUCUGUGCGGUUCUCCUGGACCGGACGGUCGGGUGUGUCGCUCGGAUGUUUAUUCUCUGCCUCAGCAGAUAGACGAUGGAGACACAGACGCAGAUGUUGGAGACACUUCAGUCUUCGAUUACUCAUCUGUUACAACCUGCAGCCCUGACGACACUCUGGAACUUCGGGGACGAGACGAGGAGGACGAUGAAGAGGAAGACAGCGAGAUCCCGGUCCUCCUAAAGCCGUCGUACAACCACACUCAUUCGGGUGGGGCUGCUCAAAGGGAUGGGAGUGUAUGUGCCCGGUGGCAGAUUCCCCGAGCUGUCCCUCUGCCUCCCGAGUUGUGUGUAGGUGGAACAGGAACAUCACGCAGAACGGCAAAACACAGACGGAAAAUGCCUACCAGCGCCUUCCGACCAAUUUGGGACUCGCCCUACAAACAGGGUGAUGCAGCUCCUGCUAAAGAGACCACAGUGUGUUUCAGCAACACCAACCAGAUCAUAAAUCCACAACCACCCACAGACCCACAGAGGUCGAUGUACAGGAGUGUGUGUAGUGGGGACAGAGCUGUCAUCUGGAAUGAAAGCGAGGACAGCGAGGGCCCAUGUAGCAACGUCUAA